CUCUGUGUGGUGUUCAUGCUUUGUAAUUUAUUGAUGUGAAACGUUUAUUUAUUUAUUUAUUACAGGAAGCAUGUCAGUUACAUUAAGACGCUGUUUGGUGUUGAAAGAAAUGUGUGUCAUGUCUCUUCAACCCUUUGCUGCUGAUUAUACAGAGGUGCGUCGCAGGCAGAUAGAUAACUGUAGCCUUAAAAAGCCUCGGUGACACUUCAUCCAGUGUGGGCUCGGCUUCUAUCUGGCAUCAUAGUGCAACAUGAACGUGGUGUUAAUGAGGAAGAUGUACUUGCUGAGCUGCUUUCUAGCCUUGCUGCUUCCACCUCUCUCACACCAAGAGGAGCAUCACAAGCUGCUGCUAGUGUCGUUUGAUGGUUUCCGCUGGGACUACGUGAACAGGGUUCCCACACCCAACUUCCGUGCCCUGAUGGAUGAGGGGGUGCAGGUGGAGCGAGUGGAGAACACCUACAUCACCAAGACCUUUCCUAACCACUACACUUUAGUGACAGGUUUGCAUGCAGAGAGUCAUGGCAUUGUAGCAAAUGAAAUGUAUGACCCAGUUCUGAAUCGCUCCUUCUCCAUGGAUGGGCCGGAAGUAUACGACUCUCGAUGGUGGGAGGAGGCUGUUCCACUGUGGGUAACCAAUCAGAUGGCUGGUCGGAGGAGUGGGGCUGCCAUGUGGCCUGGAUCAGAUGUGUCAAUUGGUGGAAUAUACCCGACCCGUUACAUGCCAUACAAUGCCUCCAUGCCCUUCGAAGUGCGUGUAGAGAAGCUGAUCAGCUGGUUCUCGGGACCAGGGGCGAUUAAUUUUGGAGUGCUGUAUUGGGAAGAGCCUGACGAGAGCGGCCACAACCUGGGGCCCGAGAGCCCACUUAUGGACGUGGUCAUUGAGGACAUUGAUGUCAAACUGGGCUUUCUCCGUGACGAGCUCAGGAGAGCUGGGCUUUAUGACAAAAUCAAUCUCAUUGUCACAAGUGACCAUGGCAUGACACAGCUGUCACGUGACAAAGUCAUAGAGCUGGACACCUACGUGAGUCGAGAGCUCUACACAUGGAUAGACAAGAGCCCUGUGGUGGGCAUUCUGCCUAAAGAAGGUAAAUUUGAUGAGGUGUAUAAUUUGUUGGAGAAUGCAAAUCCUAACAUGGUCGUGUACAAGAGAGAAGACAUUCCUGAUCAUUUCCACUACAAACACAAUGUAAGAAUAAUGCCGAUUAUUAUCGAGGUCAAAGAAGGCUGGACAAUCGUACAGAACAAAACUGGAUCAUUUAUGUUGGGCAACCAUGGCUACGAUAACCAUCUACCCAGUAUGCAUCCUGUGUUUGUUGCACGUGGCCCAUCGUUCCGCACUGGUUACACUAAGGCCUCGAUGCGCUCAGUGGACCUCUACCCUCUCAUGUGUAGCGUUCUGGGCAUUCGAGCACUGCCCAAUAACGGCUCCCUGAUGAGUGUCCGGGAUCUGCUGGUGGAGACGUUCACACCUAGACCUGUACCUCCACCCAUACCCAAGGAGCCCUCGUAUGCCUGGGCUGUGCGCACAGUGCUGGGCAGCGGCCUCGUCCUGGGAUUCCUCAUUAUAUUUGUGAAGCAGUUGACACAGAGGCAACUGCCCCCUUUGCCUCUAACCAACAGAGAGAUUUCACAGCCCUUACUUAAGGAUGAAUUACACCUUUAAUGAAAAAGCAGCAUUUCUCAUUAUUACAUUACUUUUAUUUAGACGAGGUGAAAUUUGUUGUAACACUAAGGUCUCUAGUGGGAGGCUCUUGGAAGCAUGUAGCAUUCCUCCACUCUCUAGUGCUUCAGAGCCAGUUUUUACCAUUCGUUAGUUUCCAAAUAUUUAAUAUUAAACCCCAGACAAGAUUGCAUUGCGUGUUCCAGUGAAAGAGGGGAGGACUACCAAAUCAAAUCCAUUCCAGUAGUGCCAUGCCAAGGUGUAAACAACUGUAGCAAGAAAUACAGCAAGAGAAGUUACAAAAAUGUAAAUGUGAAGCUACAGGCAAACAGUCUGAACAAUCAUUUAAAGUCCUCCACUGGCAAACACGAGCAUUUUUAAUUUCUGAAAUCCUGUGGCUUGUAUACUCAAGAAAAAUGUUUUAAAAUAACAAUUUUUUUUUAAUUUUAAAAUAAAACCAGAGACUUUUGUUCUUCUUAAAAAAAAAAAAGAAAAGAAAAAAAAUAGUGUUCAGUUCUGUAUCUCUUGAAUGUUUAGUAAGUGAUGGUUCUCUUUAUGGAAAGGUCAUUGGCAAAUUUGCGUUUCAUUCAUUGGGAUUUAUUUUAAAUCUAGUAAAGUGCAAUGGCUACAUGCAUUUAAAAUGUUUCAUUUGUAAUGCUGGCAUAAUGUUUUGUGGGUGUUUGUGUUAUUUACAUAAAGUAGGUAGUUAAUCUGCCUCCGUGUUGCACUAAGAUUACUGCAAGAUAACCAGGACUUGUAGAAAGUAUAUAGGAAUGGAAUGGCUUUAGGUUGGUUGCAUUUUGCACAAUAUUUUCCCAUGCUUUUAAAUAUUUUUAACAGAUAUGUGCCAAAAUACUUUACUAAUAUGUGAAACUGUUCGUUAUAUAAAUUAGUGGUAUUGAUUUUCUAAUUUUAGACUCAGACUUUUACACAAGACCCCAACUGGGGAGAACCACUGUGAUUGAUCUUUUACAGGUGCACAAAUUAAAAAAAAGGAAAGAAAGAAAGAAAGAAAGAAAAACAACAAAAAAAAAAGAGAUAGUGUUUAAUACACUCUUUAAUGUGGUUACUGCUGAUAUAUUUAGUUGGUACAUAUGUUGCUUGGAAAAAUGUUAUGCUUUUAUUCUCUGGCUAAAACUGAGAGGAAGAGAAAAAAAAAAAAAAAAAAAAAAAAAAAAAAAAAAAAGGUCAAUAACCAUGCUGGUGAUGUUUGCUCUUCUUAUGUGAAAUUAUAUUUUAGUGUUUAAAGUAUUACCCAAGUUAUUAUUUAAUUGUUGUCUUACAUGAACUGGAUUUUAAUUAAAAGACUGGUACAAGAUA